AUGGAGUCUCGCAUGAACCGUCACACCUGCGGCUUGAUCUGUGGGGGGAUAUGUGCCUUGUUGACAGGGAGCUUUGCUGUGUGUGCUGCUUUGGGCUUUCACUUCGCUGGGGUUGCUUUCCUGAAGCGUGAUCAGCAGCUUCUGGUUCAGUAUCCCACCGACAAGUACGUGGUGAACGGCCCGGGCAUGGCCUUCUUUGUGCCGCUCGUAGCCAGUGCCCAGAGCCGCCGUGCCAUGAUCAUUGAGGAGGAGAAGUACGUGGUGAUCACUGAUGAAAUGACGGGGUCCAUGAGGACGGUGGAAGGCCCCCAACUUUUCUUCCUCGGUGCCUAUGAGUCUGUGUCGCAGCCUCUACGCAAGAUGGUCCUGCAGAAGAACUCCUACGUGAAGUUGAUGGACAAGAAGACUGGUGAGCGCCGGGUGCUUCGCGGUCCUCAGGUUGUGGUCCCCAGCCCAACCGAAGAGUUGAUGGAACAGGGUCAAGGAGUGAGUUUGCUGAAGGAGGAUUUCAUGCGUGUUAAGAACACGGUGACAGGAGAGGAGAGGAGAGGAUCAUCGUCGGAGAGACGCUGUUCUUUCCCGAGCCAGAUGACAAGAUGGGUACGCCUCGCAAGGGAUUUCAACUGCAGAAGGAUGAAUUUGUGA